AGGAAGUUGUAUACAUUGGGAGCAUUCAGGAAGGCGGAGAGCAGCUUUCCCGUUAGCUCAAGAAAAAAAAGUAGAUAAAAGAGGUCAGUAAUUCGUAAAGCGAGAGAGAAACAGAAGUCAGCUGUUCUCCUCACUUCACCUCCCCCCUUCACUCAGUCUGAACCACUGCCACGACUUCAACUUAAACUGAAGAUUUAAAGAGUAAAACUCUUUUCUGCCUUCAUACAUGUGAGCCUCCUCACACAGAGAAGCAGUGAAAACAGGGAGGAAUGAAGGAAAAGAGGAGGAGAUAAAACGACUGGCUGGGGCUGAAAAAAUAACAGGAAACCAACUGAUUCAAACGCUGUUUCUUCAAAUCCUGCAGAGAUAAAGCAGCCGUCUGCCACGUCCCGACUGAGCAGCCAUCACUCUAUGUCUGAUCUGUAAAAUGAAGAUGAUUUAAAGGACUUAAAGCUGAAAAUGUGACGUCACUUCUGCUCUCAGCCUCCACGCUGUGGUUAGUCAGAAUGUGAGCGGAUGCAGACUUCUGGGAGCUGAUUGUUGGAUUUCUGUGCGGCUGCUUUUCUGACCUACAAACUCAACCUUUGUGAGUCUUAUGGAUCGAUCGCUGUGUUCACAAUCAUCUGUUUGUUUGAAUUAUCUGGAUUAUUAACUGGAGCCACAUGAAGAAUAAAGGGACGAAGCUCAAGUCCAAAAAGAAAGGAAGUGAGAAUGCGUUCGGCUGUGACCUGAUAGAACAUCUGCAGAAUUCAGGACAAGAUGUUCCUCAGGUUCUGAAGAAAUGUGCAGAGUUUAUUGAGGAACAUGGGAUUGUGGAUGGGAUCUACAGACUGUCGGGGGUCACCUCCAAUAUCCAGCGUCUCAGACAGGAAUUCAGCUCUGAGGCGUGUCCUGACCUCACAAAGGAAGUGUACCUCCAGGACAUCCACUGUGUGGGUUCUUUAUGUAAGCUGUACUUCAGAGAGCUGCCAAACCCACUGCUCACAUACGAGCUUUACAGCAGAUUCACUGAGGUGGUCUCAGUCCAGGGUGAUCAUGAGAGACUUUUACACAUUCAGAGGGUCAUCAAAGAGCUGCCAAGGCCUCACUUCAGGACUCUGGAGUACCUCACGAAGCACUUGGCCCAUCUUGCCACUUUAAGCACAUACACUAACAUGCAUACACGGAACCUAGCCCUGGUUUGGGCUCCUAAUCUACUGAGAUCUAAAGACAUUGAGGCAUCAUCGGGUAAUGGAGACAUGGCGUUCCAGGAGGUGCGGAUACAACAGUCGGUGGUUGAAUUUAUUCUGAAUCACACAGACCAAAUCUUCAGUGAUUCUGUUCAGAUCAAAUCCAAAGAAGGACCGAGUUCGAUGUGUGGGGAGAAGUACGCCACCCUUCCUAUCAGCGGUCAGUGUGGGCCAAUGAAACUGAUGAGCCUGGAAGAAGCUCAGGCUCGCUCUUUAAGUCCAAACCAUCCGGUUCAUCGAGAACGUCAGCGGGAGAACAGUCUGCCAGAUACGAGCACUGCCACGCUGUUCCACACUGUCAUAGACAUUUCAGACAGCAAGAGAAAAUUUUCUGGGAAAUCAAAGAAGUGGAAGUCAAUCUUCAACCUGGGACGAUCCGUGGACUCGAAGGGAAAACUGAGCCGGAAUGGGAGCGUGUUCAUCCGAGCACCGGGGAUAACCGAAAAAGCAGCUCUUCGUCCAUCCAGGAGCAUGGAAUCCUUGUGCUCCUUACCAACAGACGACGACAGAUCAGGAAACAAGACUCCAGCUGGAGGCAUUUUUGUUCCGGACGUUAAAUCCAGAACACUGGGGUCGGACUCACUCUAUGACCUGAAUGAACACGAACAAAAUUGGGAGUUUAAAGGGAACAAAGCUGGGGGGGCAACAGGGGGCUGGAGCUCUAGCAUGAACCAGAAGGAGUCACCAGGAGCCUCUGCUCCCCCUCAAAAAACUCUGCCAGAGCAGCUGAAGGUGUUCAAAGGCGACGACCUCGGUGGCUACAAGCCCACCUCUCCAAAAAACAGGAGGAUGCUGUACUCUGGCUCCUCCCACAGCAGUUCCUCCCGACCCUCCUUCCCGGGAAGCUUCUUCCCACUCGAGUCCUCGCCGAGGCAUCAACGCAGGGCCGUUAACAUAUCUGAGCCUUUUGCUGUGUCCGUACCGCUCCGCGUUUCGGCUGUUAUCAGCUCAAACAGCACGCCAUGCAGGGGCCAUGCCAAGGACAAAGCAGCCACCCUGAAACCCUCUAAAGAGAGCUGCGAACCAAGUGACACAUUGCCCCAACUGGAACCCAAGAAGCAGGAAGGAACAGAGAAGGCGACCACAGUCCCUCUGGACGAUACAAGCAAACAAGUGAUGCAAGAAGUUCGAGGAGGGAUUUCUGAACUGGAACCAAACAUAAAAGGAGGCAGAGAUGCAGUGGCAUCUCCUGGGAAAGAAGUGCACAACCAGCCCAGAGCAGUUCAACUGGACAAGAGAGCUUCUGCUGGAAAAGAGCUGUGGUCAGACCUCCACCAAGAACUGAAGAUAACUGAACCUGAGAUUGACCUGCUGGACGACACUUUUAAACCUGUUUUUGGCUCCAAGAGCACCUGUGAGGGGAUGAAGUUAACGAUGGAUGUGAAGUCAAAACGAAGCCGCAGUUCUCCGUCUCUUUCUUUGUUAUUUCGGGAGUCUUCAAAUUCAUCUCUGAGCAAUCAUGUGACAUCCACUAGAUCAGAUUCUGCAAAAAAACAACCCUCAGAAUCUGACAUCUUAUUUUCUGUUCACAAAAUCACAGAACACUCUCGUCCUGCUGAGAUGAUGCAGGAGACAGAGAAGCAUCAAAAAAUCAUGUCUUUAAACAAAGAUGAUCCGGCAUCCACCAAUCUGGUCCAACUUCAGUUAAAGGAAAUCGAUUUAGAUAAAGUUCUGAUUCCUCAGAAUUUGGAGGAUUCAACUGAAGGUUUCUCUGGAGCUGAUUAUGCCGCCAAGAAACCAGAGAGAAAUGUUUCCUGUGAAGGACCAAAGAAGAUUUUGGUUCCUGAGAUGGAUGUCACUCAAAGGCUUUCGGUGUGUUUGGAGGAGAAACGUAACACCUUGGAGCUGCCACACCUAGACACUGAUGAUGGAUGUGGAGGAAAUUCGGAGGAACUGGACCUGGUGGAGCCCUGGGAGGAUCUCAGCUCCACCAAGCAGUGGGUUACCAGUCCGCUCCACUCACCAGACAUGGAGGAACUGUUCAACCAACUGUCCCCUUUCAGCUCUCAGGGGGAAAGUGUGAGCUCAGAGGAGGUCGAUAACAAAGCAUCUCUGAUUAAAAGCACUGAACACCUCUCAGGAAACGUUUCUCAGACCAGCAACAAACCUGAGACCAAAUGGAUGUGUUCAAUACCUUCACGGCUCAGUGUGAACAACCCAACACAAACGCACAAACAAAGCAAACAGAAAAAUACAGUAUCAUCUCAGAGGUUUCACAGACAGAUGUCUUAUGAAGCCGCUGCUCCAGAGAAACAAGAGGAAAAUGACUUUCCCAAACACAGACCGUAUUCCUUGAAUUUAGACUUGGGCCAUCGGUGCAUCAGAGACAUUUCUAACCAGCAAACCCGUAAUUCUUCCGAGUUUUCCUCAUGUCAGCGAGGACUGCUCAGUUCAUCAGUGAACAAUGGGCUGCCCUCGGACCUGGAACUGUUUUUGAAUGAUCGGCAGGCGCCUCUACGCCGAAAUUCAGCCCCGGUCAGCGUGUCAUCAGUGAGAACUGCCUUCAUGAUCAAAACAUGUCAGGCCAAAGCUGUGCCUGUUGUCCCCCCGAAGGUGCAGUACAGUCAGAUACCUCACUCCAGACGUGAGAAGGACACUGUGAAGGAACAAGAACAGGAUGAUCCUAAAAUGAAUGCAGGGAAGAACAACACUCCUCCCCCAGUGAUGACAGACCUGAAGGAGGAGCUGGAGAACAAAGAGCCUGAACCCAAACACCAGAAAAACACAAAUGUUGAGAACUGUCCUGAAUCGAUAAAGACCACAUCGAGUGCAGAGCUGCCAGUCAUAACCAGGAGACAGGCGCCGAGUCUAGAAGUAUUUGUCGACUGUCCAAGACCUAACAGAGGAACCCUCUUACAAAGACCCUCCUUCAGGAACAGGCAGAGACCACAGAGUCUCAUCCUGCUCAGCCCCCCUUUUCCCAUCAUGGACUACCCGCCGUCCGGAGAUGACGGCAGACUCCUCUCAUCCAUCAAGAGUCUGAACGACACGUCGGCGGGAAAUGUCUUCUCCAAAGAGACAGCAGACGGGAUCUCUCUUCAAAACAAGAUGACAAUCCCAAAAAGUGGACAGAGACUGGAAACAUCCACCAGCUGCUUCUACCAGCCACAGAGGAGGUCCAUGAUAUUCGACAGCAGGAGCCACAGACAGAUUGAGUGAUGGGAGGUCAGGACUCCUGGUCAGGAGACCUGGGGCCUCAUGUACGAAUACUUGCGUGGAUUUCCUACUAAAACUUGCCGUACGCCAGAACCCGGAAACUGUCGUACGCACAAAAAUAUUCAGAUGUAUCAAAGUGUGCGUUCGCAUGGAUCCAAGC